AUGUCCUCUCCCGGAGAGUGGAAACAACUCGCUUCUCCCGACACACCCUCCGGCCACUACGCGCUCUCCAACACCACUCACUUCCUCGUCGACUUUCAAGACCCAAGCUGGAACACCUUCGCCCAAGCCGCCCUCGGAACCGGUCUCGACCUCACCGAAGUUUCUUCCUCCAAAUCCAAGUCUGGUCAGGACCUCAUGCCGAUCGACAUGGACACCGUCUUCGGCGGAACCCUUUCGCCGCAAUCGAGCGAUCUCGAGUGGAGCGACGAAGACCCAGACGAAGGCGUGUUCAGCCACGUCGACUGGAGGAAACGCGAUAUCUGGCUGGAGGACGUCACGCACGCCAGACAUGCCGAGACGGGUACGGGGAAGGUGGCGUCCUUCGGAGGCAAGAAUUUGAUCGUGGAGGGGAAGAACGUGCUGGAUGGAAGGGGAAAGAUGUUGGACUGGACGAGGUUCAAGUUCUCACCGGAUGUAAAGUGGGUCUUGUUCUGGUCGAGCGAGGUGGAUCAGUGGAGGUACAGCAAGAAGAGCUUUCUUUGGCUGCAUAACAUCGCGAGCAAGAAGACGGUUUCUUUGGGCACGGGUCCGGGUCAACCUCCCAAAGUGACGUACGCUGCGUGGGCGCCCGCCGUGCCCGGCAGCACCGACGCGCCCGGUCUGGCUUUCGUCGAAGACAACAACCUCUUCUUCGUUCCGCGCGCAGGAGAACCGACCAUCAAGGUGACCCAAGACGGUGCUGCGACCAUCUUCAACGCCGUCCCCGACUGGGUCUACGAGGAGGAGGUGUACGGCUCGGACUCGGUCAUGUGGUUCAGCCCCGGUGGAAGCAAGUUGGUCUUCCUCCGGCUGGACGAGACCGACGUCCCCGUGUACGAGUUCCCCAAGUACAACCCGGAUGCGUAUCGUGCUGGGCUGACGACGCCGUACCAGCAGAUGGUCAGGAUGAAGUAUCCCAAGCCUGGGUUCCCGAACCCGACGGUGAGCGUCAAGAUGAUCGAUCUGGAGGAAAUUCGGCUGGCGACGCGGAAGGGGGUGAGUGUCAUGCCGACGCAGUAUACGUUGCACAGUCCGAUGGUCGGGAAGGGAAAGGCGGAGAACGAGGUGGAUCGGGUUUUGAGCAGCGAUGCGGGGGUGAAGGAGAGACUGGUGACCGAGGUCAAGUGGGUGGGUGACGACGAGCUGUUGGUGAGGGAGACGGAUAGGUACAGCGAUGUGAUGCGGUUGGUGCUAUUCGAUCUCUCCAGCGGAGCGUCGGCCAAAGCCGCAGGGACAGACAUGGUGGGACAAGUCGUCAGGAGGAAAGACGCUCGGGCGGAUAAGAGUGGAUGGAUCCGCGCUGCUCAGACCAUCGAACCUCUGUCGCAUCACAAUUUGUCCAUCAAGUCGACCGCCUACCUCGACAUCGUAGUGUCCCCCGAAGGAUUCCGACAUCUGGCGUAUUACGAAUCGGCCGACUCCGACGAACCCAUCUUCCUGACCGCAGGACGGUGGGAGAUUGCCGACCUGAAACACGUGGAUGCCAAGCGGAACCGGGCGUACUUUGUCGCUGCUAGGCCGACGCCUGCGCUGCGCAACGUGUACUACGUCGAACUGCCGGAUUGGAAGAAGAAAUCUGGAAAGACAGAGUAUUUGGUCAAGGAGCCGGUGGCGAUCACGGAUGUGUCCAAACCAGGGAGCUACGACGUCAGCUUCGACCCGAAAGGUGCCUACUACGUGCUCAACUACGCAGGUCCGGACGUGCCGUAUCAGAAGGUGGUGGGAGUCGACGAUCCGAGCUUCGAGUUGAUGCUGGAGGAGAAUACGCUUCUGAGGCAGAUCUCGAGCCAGUACGUCAAGCCUUCGAACACGUUCUACCAGCUCAAGCUGAACAGCACGCUGCCGGACGGAAGUCAGACAGUCGCCAGCGUGAAGGAGAUUCGACCGCACGAUUUCGACGCUUCGGGGGCGACAAAGUAUCCGGUGCUGUUCCGGGUUUACGGUGGACCGGACUCUCAGCUCGUGGAUGCACGCUGGAACCGCGCUGACUGGCAUCAGUACGUAGCUUCGACGCUGGGCUACAUUGUGGUAGUUGUCGACGGCCGCGGUACGGGUUUCAAAGGUCAACAAUACCGAUCCUGCGUCUCCUCGGACCUGGGCCAUCUGGAAGCCUCCGACGUCAACGAAGCUGCCACGCUCAUCUCGACACUCCCCUACGUCGACUCGACGCGUCUCGGCCUAUGGGGCUGGUCGUACGGCGGCUACCUUACCGCCAAAACCAUCUCCCAGCCGAACUCUCCCUUCUCGCUCGCCGUCUCCGUGGCCCCCGUCACCAACUGGCUCUUCUAUGAUUCGGUCUACACGGAACGCUACCUCAAAUCGCCCAUCACCAACGCCAAGGGCUACGAGACCGCAGCGGUGCACGUCACCGCCGGGUUCGACAAGACCAAAUACCUGUUGAUGCAGGGCAGUGCGGACGACAAUGUUCAUUUCAGCAAUUCGGCCCAUCUACUGGAUCUGCUGACCAAGCAGAAGGUGAGAGGGUUUAGGUUCAGGAUGUUUACGGAUUCGAGCCAUAGUAUCCGGACGAGGGGGGCGAAUAGGGAGUUGUACGAGGAGAUGACGGCGUUCUUGAGGGAGAACUGGGGUGCGGGUGGGAAGAGGGAGGCGAAGGAAAAGGGGAAGGGGAAGGGUAGGCCGGCGCUGCACAAUUCGGUCGAGUAG